GUGACGUAGUUUAGGACAAAAACUCCUUAUUAUGUUGGCAUGGCUUUCUGGUGAUAAACUAAAGGUAUGGGGUUGAUUCAGUCUCCCGUCGGCACUUUCUUGCGUCUUUCCAUAAUUCUAUCGCAUUUUUUUUUAAAUGUCUCAAUUAAAACGUCUAAUAAGUCGUGCUGUUGGUAAAUCCCUGUAACAAGAUGCUAACUAGCCGAUAUGAACUAGUAAGGCUAACAGAGUUGCUACCUGCUUUUGGCUUUUUGGAAAAUGUCUACUAGCAAUAUUUGAGGAAAAUGAAGAGAAAAGUUGCCUCAUUAAGACUGAGCCCUAACGAAGAGGCUCGGAUAAUACGAGAGGAGCAUGAAAGGAGGCGAAAACUGCGGAUACAGCAGGUGCGGGAGCAGCAGCGCUACAUUGCGCUACAUAUUCGGCAAGAGGUUGAGCAGAGACGGCAGCGGGAGCUGGAGCAGCUGGAGAAAGAGCUGAGGGAGGACUGGGAGAGACAGCAGAGGGAGAAACUCCACACACUGGAGAGGCUGUACCAGGAGAGCCUCCAGCUUCUCGGCCAGGGACACAGGAGUGCAAAAGAAAACGAACCCGACUUGGCAGCCAUAGCUCAGAGGGAGGAGGAAAAUAACGUCAAGGCAGAGGAGCGUUAUCAGGAAGCCCUGAAGGAGCUCAAAUCACAGAGACUUAAAGACCAUGAGGGGCAAAGCCGAUCCAUCAAUGCCAGGAAGAGAGCACUACAGACAGAAAAAGAAAGAUCAGCAAAAGUGGCCAGCCUCCCAAAGCCUCUCCCGAACCCCAUUCAGAGCAUCGAUUCCAAGAAACCACAUGUAGUAAAGAAAUCUGAUGUGAGUGCUUUCGCUGCCACGCAUUACCACAUGCCUGAGAGCACAGUGGACAGAGAGGCAGACACAAAGCAGCCUAAUGCCAAGGAGGGAGCUGAGCUGGAGGUGAGGAGACUGCAGGACUUGCAGACGGAGGAAAAGAGGAGGCGAGAGGAGCAGCUUGAGAAGGCUCGUCUCAGAGGGAAGCAGGCCCUGAAGAGGGAACAUCUCGUGCAGGAUCGUGAGCGCUUGCUUGUUGAGCUGGAGCACAUGCAGCAGACAGACCUGCUGAGGAGGAGACAGCAGGUGUCACAGAUGCCGCCUCAGAUCUUCCAGCCUCUCUACCAGAGACAGGAGAUAGGGGAGGACGUCCAGAGGGAGAUGGAGUUUGCCUUUGAAGACAUGUACACCGGAGAGAGGAGGGUGAAAGGAGACCUGGUGAUCCAGCUGGUACCCGAGCCUCUGCCAGCUCUGUCCACAGACAGCCAGGACCAAGAGCUUGACGUCACACUGGAUGAAAUCCCCACACGAGGAACAGGAAACACACAACAGGACACUGAGCCGGAAACAUCUGGUCGAGCGGAGCCCUCUAAACCUGCUCCUAGACGGGCGUUGAAGAAACUCCUGGAUCGUAUCAGGAACCAGAGGAACCAGUGGACUGACCACAGUCAUGUCCCUGCAGCUGAUUCACCGACCGCCAUCACCGAUCAGAUCCCAGAACGGGACACAACCAUCGACACGGGCUCUCUGACCAGCGAGGAGAAAGACAACCUGCCCCACACCGAGCUCCCCGAGCCUGCCCACUCGCCACCGGCGUUGGAGACCACAGAGCAGUCGCCUGCAGCAGAUGCUCAACUUCAGGAUGUACUUUCCAACAGAAUCCCAGAGUUUGAAGAAGAACGAAAGAAGAGGGAAGAGGAGCUCGAGAGGGAGAAGCAGCAGCAGGUGGUUUUGCUCCAGGAGCUUGAAGAGCAGAAAGCCAAAUUGGAGCAGAUGCUGUGUGAGGCUCAGCAGGAGAGAGAAGAUCUGAAGGCUGUUGUGACCCAGGUUGUUCCUAUUAACCAACCACACGUACCUGUCCAUGACCAGGAAGUCACCUCUGUUAAUCCUGGUCUAGUCUCUGAGCUGGUGCCUCCUGCGGGUGAAGAUGACCACACCAGAAGGAUUAGAGAAUACCAACAGAGACUUUUGGAUCAAAACAGAAUUCACCAGAGGUCAGUGGAAGUGGCUCGUCAGCGCCUGGAGGAAUACCAGCGAGCUCUACAGAUUCGUUACAACAUGACUGCCCCAUCGUUGCUGCCUGCUGUUGUGCCUUCAGGCCUCAUUCACCCACCUCUGCACAGUGCUGAGUCUGUGCAUCUUCCAGCUCCACUGCUGCUCCCUACAGCUCCUGCAGUGCAUGCAUCCAUCCAUGCUAAAUCACAAACCCCUGUGGAAGUUCCCACAAGAGAGUUUGACAUGUGUGCUUCACCUUCACGACUUCCUGGCUCCAGUGCAAGCAUUGGCUCCAAGUUGCUGUCUGAUGAAGUUGAAUCUAUUUUGAGUAAUCCCAGGAACCAGAGACCGGCUUUCACUGCGUGGCUGACUGACAACAUAAUGGAGAGAGUAACGGAGCACCUUACAGAGAGAGUAACGGAGCACCUUACAGAGAGAGUAACGGAGCACCUUACAGAGAGAGUAACAGAGCACCUUACAGAGAGAGUAACAGAGCACCUUACAGAGAGAGUGAGACCCUCCUCAGAGCCACCGCCUUACAAACCGUUCACAACACAUCACUCAGCCAGCCUCCCACUCCAGCCAACCUCUGAUCCCAUCCAAGUCAGUAGCCGGAGCAUCACAGACUGUGCUCCUCUGGUUCCAGGCCGUGCACAAGUAAAGCCUGGGACCUUGCUACAUUCUUCCCUCCGGACUGGGUCCCUGAACUCCAGAGAGGACGACGACAUGGAAAGGCAGAGACGAGAGAUGCAGGGGGUCCAGAGACGGCUGCUGGAGCAGAGGGACGCAGUGGCGCUGCAGCAGAGACGGCAAGAAGAGGAGAGGCAGAGACAGGAAGUGGACAUGGAGCAGAUAAGGCGGCAAAAGGAGACGUUGCAGGCUCUGAUUCACAGUGACGCACAACCACUUCCAGAGGCAGCCAGUGAAGAUUUGGUUUCAGAGAACAUCAGCCAGACCCGCCUCAAAUUACUUGCAUCCCUUCUGAGAGCUAUUGAGGAAUCUAACGGAGGAACUUUAUCACACCUAGAAGACCCUCAGGGUAAAGAUGUCUCCCCUCAGCAACCGCCAUCUAACAGAGGUGAGACGGAUGUCAUUGCUCAGAGUGAUGUUCCUGCUGGACCUGCCCCGGCAUUAGUCCUCCCCUCAGGACUCUUCCCUCCUCCAGCAGCAAAGCCCCCGGUGACCCGCGUCAGGCUGGGCAUCAUGGACAUGAUGACUGAGCAACAUGAGCUCAGUGCUAUUCAAGAGGUGGAGACAUCAGUCAACACCAGUCAAAUCACAGGCCCGGAGAAUAGUGUGACGGUUCCUCUGCACACUCUGGGCUGGGAUCUGAAGGAGGAUUCAGAAUCGUCGGUGGCCUCUGACACGACUCUGCAGACACCCUCUUGGUCCAGCAGUGGGCAGCGGACUGCUGAACGAUCCACCAGCUCUGAAACAAGCUCAAGCAGAUUGAGCCAUCUCAUCUGGAGAGAGAGGCUGCUGAUGGGGGCAGGAACAUCUCCUGAAUCCUCAGAGUCUGAUUCAGUCCUGAGGAUAAUCUCACCACUUUCCUCUGACUCUGGGAGAGGAGCAGACUACUCUGGUCCUGGAAUCACAAGCUACAGAUCCCCCACAGAGUCUGCACACAGGCCUCCUGAUUCUGACUGCCACUCCUCCACCACCAUCUCCACCGGCAGCUACAUCACCACCGAUCCUGAGCAGAACUUAACCACUGAUAAAUCCCCGUCGCUCAGACUUUGUGAAGGACGAGGAGCAGAUUUUCCCGACGUCUCCUCCCCAUCCGGUCAAAGCUUCUGCUCGGCUGCAGGCCGUCCUGGUCUGGUUGUAGACUCUCUGUUUAAUGACAGCAGCAUCCAGCACAUUAUAGACAAAUACACAAGGGAGCUUAACAUCUCCCUCAGCACUGCUGGCAAAACCACAGACAGUGAAGGCUCAUAUGUGGAGGAGCCUGGCUCUUCAGUUUCUCAGCGCUCUUUGGUUCGAGUCUCUGAGAGGAGAGGGGAGGAUGAAAGCUUGGAGGCUCGUCUGUCUCUUCGCUCAGACACAGCAGGAGCACAGAGGAGUGGCCUGGAAUCUCACAACACAGUCAACUCGAUCCUGGAGCACUUCUCAGGAGAGGGCCCGUCACUGGCCGAGGACCAAGAGCAGGACUCUUUUCGACCUCUGAUUGGCCAGCUGACAGAACAGUCGUCCUGUCUCGCUGCUGACCAGAGGGACUCGGCCAUGGAGCAACUGGUCGGUCAACCAUCGGCUCACUCGUCCAUUAUUGGCCAGCUACCAGGUCCGCCGGUUUCAAUGAGCUUUGAUCAAGGUGGAUGGGAUUCCACUCUGAGUCGGAUGAUCGGUCGACUCUCCCAUCAGUCCAGCUCUCAUUGGUUGAGUGGUGGGCAGGACUUUUAUGCAGGUCAGCUGAUGGGUCGGGUGCCGUUGGAGCAGUCGACCACAUGGUUGAAUGAAGGUUCGGAAGAGAGCGGGAUGAGACCGCUGGUUGGGGAGCUGGAUGAUUCUGCAGGCCAGCACAGCGGAAGCUCAGAUGAAAGAACCCACGUGGAUAUUGGUGUCUCAACUGAGGUCAGUAGGCCGUCGUCAUACCCAGUGUUGCCUUCUGAAGCCUCGUCACACAGUGCCUCUGUCCCGAGGGCGAAUACACAUCCACAGGAGCAGAUACUGCAAAACCAGAGCAGUCCAAUGUGCCUGGGCCCAGAUGGGACUGAAGACUCAUUCCACCCACUACUGGCUGAGGUCACCCACAACGAAACAGCAGACCCCUCCAUGACCUUUCACCUGCCAGAACACAAUGUGCCUACCUCCCCUGAAGGACUGGCCAGCGGGGAACGCAGUGUUUCCAUACCUUCUGAGGAGUUUGAAACCCACACUGAUCCUUCUAUUGAGUCUGAACCAUCACCUGAGCGCCUCAGAACAGAGCAUCCAUCCAGCUGCAUGGCAGCGUCCCCUGCUUUCCAUGAAUCCUUCUCCCAGCUCAUCACCUACCAGUGCCAUCCCCAUGAAUCUGUCCUCAUGGUAUCUCCCACCAUGAGGAUAGAGGUAGAGCUGACAGCUUUGAGCCUGUCUAAUUUAGCCUUGUGUGAUGAUCCACCUACUGUGGUCUUGCCACAGCCAGAGAGAGCGGAUGCAAACAGAAACUGCAUUUCUGUAAGGCAUGGAGAUUCAGUCCCAUUCAGCGACCUCUCAGAUAAGAUAUUGGAAGCUGCCAGUGAGAAGGGGAUCCUGGAGCAGUCCGAGAUAACACUAGUGAGCCUGACGGACACCACGCUGCAGGACCAAGAGACGACCAGCACUGAGGAAGACAAACUUGCAGAUGGAGAGUGGGAAGAGGGACAGAAAGGCCAAGAGACAGAGGGGUUCGAAUACACGUCGUCACUGGAUGAGACUCCAGAGGAUAAGAACCAAACACACUCAGAUUCAGUGAUGCCCCUGGAGUUUCAGUGGGGUCCUAGCAGAGGCCUGCAGGAGGUCCAGCAGCAGAAGCUCAGAUUGUUGCUCCAGAGAUCGUCCCGCAGGGUGGAGGCAAUCAAUGCCAAAGGGGCUCUUGCCAAGGUUCACCCUGAGAUCCGAGCUUCAUCUGAAGCCGGAAAGCAGUCUAAAGCUAAGGCAUCUCAAGUAGUCACCUGUAAGGCAAAGACGAAGUCAGAACCUCAACAUAAAACCAUGUCAAAGGGGGAACAGGCUGAGCCGCAUCAAACUACUGAGGAAUCUGGCUUCAUCAAGCAGAAAAAGCCCCAGCUUCCCCCUCCAGCGAUCAAUUCCAGGCUGAAUAAGGUGGACGAGGUGAAGAACUGCACACCAGAGCAAAGGAAACGGGAUGUUUCUGUGAUGCAUCAAAGAACGCAGAGACUGUAUGAGCAGCUGGAGGAGGUGAAGCAUCAGAGAGCGACCAGGAACAAACAAGAAGCUUGUGCAAAAAACAGACUGAAGGCCAAAGAGUUCCACAAGAAAACGCUACAGAAACUUCGUGCCAAGCAGACGCUGUAAUGACUUUGAAUGUGUGGGAGUUCUCCAUUUGUAAAGUUUUAUCAAUAAAGCAUUUUAAGUUAUUUAAAUCCA